CCGUCCAUUAGGAACCAUCGGGAACCAUUAAACACCAUUAGUGUACCAUUACAAACCAUCAGUGUUACAUUACAGGCCACUGAAACCACAGCGAUUUUAGUCCGGACCCGCUGUAAAGACCUGAAACUGUGUGAGCAGGGUGGUGGUAUUGAAUUAGGUGUAUGUUAGGGUGGUGUUUUGUUGUUUUGAGAAAGCAGCAGUUAGACGCACGACUGGGAUACAAAGAGCAGCGACUUGCUCUGCUGCAGCUGCACGCGCUGCUUUUCUUCUACUACACUAUUUAAGGUUGCGUUAUCAAACGGAAGGUCUGGUUUUAUUACACUUUAAGAUGUCGCGUCGAAAGCAGACAAAGCCGAGUCCUCUGGAAGAUCAUGAUAUGGACCUUGAAAUCUCAAGGAUUCCUGCUCCCUACAUGGAAAGUGAGGAGGAAGAAAGAUUACUGCAGGAUGAUUGCGAGUAUCACAGUGAAACCUCAGAGAGAGAAAAGAAGAGUGCGGUGGAAUCACAGAAAAUCUCUCUGCUGGAGCUCAUGAAGAAACAGAUCACUGUCAAGAGACAGAGGGAUUUCUUGGACAGUGAUGAGGAGUCUGUUGUUUCUUAUAAACUUUACCAGGAACUUCAAGAUAGUUACGUAAUGCUGAAAAAACGUCUCAGAGAGAAGGAUGUGAUCAUUGCAGAGAAGGACACUGCAAUUAGGAAACUGAGUGAAAAGUGCAGAAGGAUGUCGGUGGAGCUGGACAAAAUCAGACAAUUAAAUAUUUGCCUUCAAGAACAACUUUUUUUAAAAGACGAUGGAAUGCAGACACAGCACACAAUGUACACAGAAAACACAGAAUGUUCGUAUGAGCCCUAUGAAGAUGUAUUGGAUCCUAAAGUGACGGAGUUUGAAGAACCCCCACCUGAGGAUCUCGUAGAGAAGGACUUCGGGAGGGUGGAUCUAGGACAUGGUGUCCUUUUGGACAAUCAAAAGUGGAAAGCCAUCCAAAGAAUGGAUUCUCAUUCUAAGUUUUGUAAGUCGUUGGCUGUAGCCAUUUGGGGCCUUGAGACGCUAAAGGAGAGGAGUGUGACCGGCUCCAAGUCUAAUGCCAUCAAAGGUUCUGUGGCGAAGCCUCCAUUAUCACCAGAGAAAGUUGGUGUCAUUAGAGAGUGCCUGAAGGAUCGACUACAGCAGCGUGGCUAUCAGAAGGAGGAAGUUGAUGGGCAGCUGCGUUUGGUUCGACGUUUUCUUUCGGAGAAAAUUUGCGACAUCAAAAGGAAAGUCAGUAUAAAUUUAGAGGGUACCAGCCCCUCCACUAGUUCUCAAGUUUCUCAGACCUGAAGAUUUGCCAUUCAUUUUGCUACUGGGUGCCACAGGAUCUACAGCUACAAAGGACUGUGAAUGACUGUGAAGUGGAAGCAACUUUCCUCCAUUAGUUAAACAAAGUGCAUUUUUAGGUUCAACCCAAUUAUAGAACAGUUAUGCAUACUACAGUGUUAUCAGAUGUGAUGGUUACUGUGGUAUAAGAGAAAUAAACCAUUUUGUAACAUGCCAUUAUUGGAAAAUAAUCAACUUUGGGGUGGUUACACGGUACAGUUGUUGAUUAUUUUCCUAUAAAACAUGCCCUGUGGUGUUUUAUUCCUUACUUGUAGUUUUAUUGCUAUUUAUAUGUAAAACCAAUUUUGUCUAUGUAGUGCUUUAUGUACUUUUGAUUUUAUGUUUUUCGGGGAUUUUGUUGGUCGCCCAAACAUUACCAACAUGUAAUCCAGAAUAGUAGAUUUCACCAAACAUUUCAGCAAAGAUGAUUGAAAGAGAUUAUUGAUUAUUAUGUGUAGUUGGUGAUCAAUUAACAGGUCAGAAGCUCAUGAAUUCAGCACAGCCGUUAAUGUUCAUAAUCUGCAAAGAUGAAUUUACCAAACAUAAAGGCACAACAUUCAAAGGAGAAACUGAGAUUACUGUUGUUAUUUCAUUUUGUUCCAUAAAAAAGUGCCCCUCUGUAUCUCAUUCUCUAAUCACAAUCAAUAAGCACCUGCAGUGUUUCAGUGAUGAAAUGCUGUGCACUAUAUUACGGUAGCUGUAUACCGCAUGUAAAGACAGUAAGUCAGUAAACCAUCUCUUUUUUCAUGGAAAACUCUCAGUAUGCCUUUGUUUGGACAAUCUCCCAAGACAGCUGGCAGGUCCAGGGGCAUAAAUAAGACCCUUUGAUUUCCCUAUUCCAUUUUCUAAACUCUAUUUUUGCAAAUUUCAGGAUUCUUUGUGUGGAUAUAGGAAUUCAGUUGCAUUUAGUGUAAGUUUGCUUAUAAUGUGUAACAUUUCUUAUCCAAAACUAAUGGAGACAAAUAAAAACAAAAUAUAUAAACAAAA